AUGAAGGCCAGGUCAACCGCGAUAUCAAACCGCAAGACACGUAGUGGCUGCAUUACCUGCAGCCGUGUCAAAUGCGACGAACAAAAACCAUCCUGUUUGCGCUGCCUCACAACGCAGCGAAUAUGCGAAGGCUACCUAACUCCUCUUCAACAGACUCUGUCUCCCGACUCUUUGAGCGAUGAAGAACGUCGAGCUUUCCUCUUUUUCCGCAGUAGAACUGCUCACCGAAUAUUUGGCCAUCGUGAUGUCAACAACUGGCUCCCUAUUCUUCUGCAACUCGGGCAUAACGAAGCGCCAGUAAGAUAUACUAUCACUGCACUCGCCUCCCUGCAUGAGAGCGUGGAACCUGGAAAUGCUUCCGUCUCUAUUCGUCCAUCAUCAAAGCAUGCCCAGAUGACCGCACGAAUGCUGGCCUUGAGAUAUUAUACAUCUGCCAUCAACUCUGUGCAAACCGAAUCUCAUACCAUGUCCUCCCGGCCAGAUAUCGUACUGACGCUUUGUAUCUUAUUUCUCUGCUUCGAGCAGUUCCGAAGUGGAGAUGCUGCCUGUCUUGUUCAUCUCAAGUCUGGAUUCAAACUGCUUUAUUGGUGGAGAUCUCGCACCGCCACCUAUAAUACAUUGCAAGAAUAUUCUCGUCCUGCCCUAGAUUAUAUCAACAACCAGAUCACCCCAACGAUGCAACGAUUACGAGUGCAAUUCUCCCUAUGCAUGGACUCUCGACACGCAUUAAAGGAUCUCGGCGUUCCACUGUGUCUACCACUUCCGCCAAUCCCUUCAUCAUACACUUCGCUCAAUAAUGCCCGAAAUGACUUUGACCGAGUCAUGAACUACGUUUUCUCCUCCUCAGAGCGCGGACAGUCCACAAAUCUCCAACUACCUCAGCGUUCUCUGACCACAGCUUUACGACAAUGGAAGAAGGCUCUAGACUCUUCUGACUUCUCCACAGAACCUCCCCUGCUACGAGAAUGUACCUACAAACUUCUAGAGCUCUACUUCCACGUUUCCAUCAUAAUCACCGAAACAUAUAGCUCUCAAUCCGAGGCUAUUUUCGACCAAUAUACAGAAAGCUUCCAGAAAGCCGUCGAUCUCGCCGCGAGUCUCACCAAAAUCUGGAGACAAGAGCAGCAAGGGUUCAGUCUAAUAUUCAGUUUCGAUCUUGGGCUCACCCCACCCAUGUUCCUCAUCGCCUCUCGUUGUCGCCAUCCCGUGAUUCGACGACGGGCUGUGAACCUGAUGCUCGAGUCCCCGUUCUACCACGGCGCAUGGCAGGAUCGAUAUUCGGGUCUUUGUGCGCGGCGAAUUCUUGAAAUUGAAGAGGAAGACGCGCUGAUUGUGAUGGAUCAAAUAAAUGUCUUGGAUGAACACCGAGUUCGGAAGGUUGCUGCUGAUCUUCAGGAGGAGCAAUCUCAGAUCUUGAUGCAGUUUAUUAGGUGGCCUUUUACUUUGGGUUCUCCGAUUCACACUACAGUUAUUGACUUGCAGGCUGAACUGUAG